GUUAAAUUUGGCAUUCCUGCAAAGAUGUGUAAGUUUGCUUGCAUACUAUGCUAUUACACAUUUCUGUUUUUCAUAUAUUUUCUUGAAGGGUCCAAGAAAGAGACAAAGCACAUCAGUGAUGAGUUAAAUCCAACUUGGAAUGAGACAUUUAACUGGGAUCUCGGUGGUAAGCCAAUCACAUCGGCAGAUUCCAUCGAGAUCGAAGUGAAGGAUCAUGAGAAGAUUGGACGCAAUAGGUUACUGGGGUCGGCAACUGUGCCCUUGCGUGACCUGCUUCAGUCUAAGAGUCACUCACUCAACAACACUCUCAAGCUACUGGACGGCAAUAAACGACCCACAACAGGAGAAGUUUCCAUUCAAAUAAAGUACACACCACCUCCAGGAGCUGAAGGUCCAGCCAAAGGCGGUGGGGGAGGCGGCGGCGGGGGAGCAACAGCCGCUGCAGCAGAUGGUGAUGCCGAUGAAGGGGAUGCAGACGAGGAUGAAGAAGGCGGUGGUGAUGAAGGAGGUGAAGGAGAUGAAGGCGGUGAUGAAGACGGAGGCGGUGGGGGUGGAGGCGGUAAAGCUGCAAUCGCCGGGAUGCGCAAGAGGAAGAAGCGUCGGGGCAAGCUGUCCAAGAAACCCCAAGACUUCCAGGUGCGCAUCAAGGUCUGGGAGGCCAGGCAGCUGGCCGGCGGCAACAUCCACCCCGUGCUGAAGUUGACAGUCUCCAACCAGACCAAGAUGACGAGGGUCAAGAAGUCUACCAACAGACCCUACUGGGAUGAGGUCUUCUUCUUCAACUUCCAUGCCAGUCCAGCCGAACUCUUUGAUGACAAUGUCAACUUUCAGGUGUUCAAUUCCCGCAAGCUUCGUAGUGACGCCUUCAUUGGCAAUUUUGAGCUGGACAUCGGCACGAUUUAUGAGGCCGAUAACCACUGUAUCAUGAACAAGUGGCUUCUCCUGUCCAACGCUGAGGAUGCUAAUGCCGGGGCCAAGGGCUACGUCCUUGCCUCGCUCAGUGUACUCGCGGCGGGAGACGAAGCUUCAGUUUUCAAGAAAUGUGAUGAAUCUGAUGACAUAGAAACCAAUUUGCUUCGUCCAGCUGGCAUGCAGUUGAGGAAGGGCAUGUUUAUUACCAAGAUCUACCAUGCCGAAGAUAUCCCACAAAUGGACGCUGGGUUGUUUGAGGGGAUCAAGAACAUACUGGGAUCUGGAAGUGGCAAGAAGGAGUUGGUGGACCCUUACCUGAGUGCAUCCUUUGCAGGAAAGAAGGUCAAGACCGACGUCAAGUACACCAAUGACCAUCCAGAUUGGAACCAAGAGCUGAAAGUGCCGAUCAGGUUCCCAUCCAUGUGUGAGAAACUGAAGCUUCAAAUGAGAGACUGGGAUCGCGUGUCUGCCGAUGACUACAUUGGGACUGCCUUCAUUGACCUUUCCUCCAUUUCAUCGCCCGGAGAGGAAGGUUUCCUGCCAACUUUUGGUCCGUGCUUUGUCAACUUCUACGGAUCGACCCGAGAGUUUUCAGAACUUCCAGACCAGUACGAAGAUCUGAAUAUGGGCAAGGGGGAAGGUGUUGCCUACCGUGGCCGUGUGCUGAUGAGCUUGGAGACCAAACUGGGCGAGCACCCCGAGGUUCAAGUCGAAGAGAUCAGUCAUCAAGACGUCCUUCGCGUCCAGAAAUACCUCCGCCGUCGCAAAUACGUCCUGUACGCCUGCUUCAUCGACGCGACCAUGGUCAGCGAAAGCGACGACCCGGUGGAAUUUGAGGUCAGCAUCGGUAACUACGGCAACAAGUUGGACGAGAAUUGUGCGCCGCAGGCCUCAACGACUCAGCCGACCAACGCCGUGUACGACGGCUGCGAGUAUUACUUCUUGCCCUGGGUGGAGAAUAAGCCCCUAGUCGUCAUCAACUCGGAUUGGGAAGACGUCAGCUUCAGACUGGAUACACUCAACCUGCUGCUGCGCAAAGUGGAACGCCUGAGUGCCAACAUGGAGAAAGUCAAGAUGAGUCUGAAGGCAGGGGCUCCACCCGCGGAGGUUGCCGCUCAGCUGAUAGGAAUGAUUGACCACCUUAUUGCUGAUUGCAGUGCUCCGCUGCCAGAGAUCGACCCCACCAAGGACAAGGCUAACAUUCUGGAUCAGCGUCGCUACGAUACGCGUGUGGGUUGCCUGGCAACCAUCGUGGAGGAAGCUACUAAACUUCGAGAGAACGCUACCGAUGUGAACGAAGCCCUGGAAGAGAUCAACGGCUAUCUUCACAUACUGGAGGAGUUGUCGGUCGAGCCUCAAAACAGCAUGCCAGAUGUUGUAAUCUGGAUGCUCAGCGGCAGUAAGCGUAUUGCUUACCAUCGUAUUCCUGCUUAUGAUCUGCUCUACUCUGGUCUCCAUGCUGAUGCCUGUGGUAAACUCUGUGGCAAGCUCAACAGCAUCUUCUUGAAGACGCCAGAAACGCCCGAGUCCCCCCCACGGCCGCCAGAGCAAGGCCCAUCCACGUUUGCUGGCAAGAGUUCCAUGAACAUUGGAGCCAAGAAGAUCCCGGGCAUGCUACGCAUGAAGCUGUGGCUGGGCCUGGAGGGCGACUCGGAGAACUUCCAGAAAGGAAUGACCGAUUCCUCCAUCGCUGUCUUUGCUGAAACAUACGAGAAUCAAAUGAGCAUUCUAGGAAACUGGACCAGCAGAGCUCUGCCACGGCCCAAGUUCUCUGACUCCACAGGAAAGAUCAAACUGAAGAAGGAGAGCUUCACCCCUCCAGAAGGCUGGCGCUGGGAAAGUGACUGGCAUGUCAGCCCAGAACUCAGUCUGUUGUAUGAUGCUGAUGCUGGAAUGACCAAGUUCUUGGAGGAUGUCUACGAACAUGAAUCCAGAAACAUACCCGGUGGCUACUGGGGAACGUCAUCUGUGCCGUUCACCUCUGUGAAAGGAGAUGCUUGCGCUGCCCGCGAUGAGAUCAAACCAACCGAAGGCUGGGAGUGGGAGGAUGCCUGGCAGCUGGAUAUCAACAGAGCUGUUGAUGAAGAAGGUUUUGAGUACUGUGUGGAGGCUACCAUCGGCAGUUGGGGAGCCGUGGAGAAGACCUAUCAUCUGUGUCGUCGUCGACGCUGGGUCCGACCACGUAUUCUGGUGGUUGACCCCAAGGCACUGGAAAAAAAGAAGAAGAAAGAUCUCGGAGAAGGCUGGGAGUUUGCACCGCUGUUCAACUUGAAGUUCCAUGCCACGGAGCGCAAGAUGGACUUGGUACGCCGCCGCAGAUGGCAUCGCAAGAUGGUGGCAGAGUCCCCCAAAGCUAAGGCCGUCUUCUCCAUGGGCAAGGAUGAUGAGAGUGGGGAUGAAGAAAGCAAAGCCAGUCUCUCUGUGCCAAGGAUGUUCCUCAACUUCAACGUGACCAACAAGUAUCAGCUUCGUGCCUACAUCUAUCAAGCGAGGGACCUCAUUGCUGCUGAUUCCGACAGCUUCUCUGAUCCAUUCGCCUACGUGAGCUUCUUGAACCGCAGCCAGAAGACUGAACUGAAGAAGAAGACGCUGUGCCCUCACUGGGACCAGACCCUCAUCUACGAUGAGAUUGAGAUACCGGGAGAUCCCAACAUCCUCGCCGCCAAUCCACCUGACAUCGUGGUGGAAGUCUUCGACGACGAUACAUUUGGUAGUGAUGAGUUUAUGGGACGUGUUGUGAUGAAGCCGAUGGUCAAGCUUGACAGUGCCGAUCAGCGUGUAGCGCGCUUGGCAUGGUAUACCCUGAUCAUGGGGGAAGGAACCGCCGGAGAACUACUGGCUUCGUUUGAACUCUUCUUAAUGUCGGAGACAUCAGACCUGCCCUUUAUGCCACCCAUGCGAGGAGACCUCUACCUAGUGCCUAAUGGCAUCCGGCCUGUCAUGCAGAGGACUGGGGUCGAGUUCCUGUGCUGGGGUGUACGUAACAUGAAGAAGUUCCAGCUAUCAUCGGUCACUUCACCCUGCAUAGAGUUUGAAGUUGGUGGGAAAAUCAUCUCGUCCAAGGUCAUCAAGAACACCAAGAAGAAUCCCAAUUUUGACUCCCCGCUCCUCUUCAUGGAAGUAGACCUGCCGAAGGAAGAGCUGUACACCCCACCUAUAAACCUGAAGGUUCGCGAUCACCGCGCCUUCGGACGUAAACCCAUAGUCGGGAUAUCCGUCAUCAAGAAUCUGACCGAGUAUCGCGUCACCCCUGCCGUGGAACCGACCAGCGGCACUCCGCCACCACCGGAACAGCAGACUGGAAACGGAGAGUUGGAUGGGUCCACAGCCACCGAUGGUGCUCAGGAAGACACCGGUCUACUCCAAGGAAAAGAAUUACUCUUUGGAGACAGUGAUGAAAUGGAACCAGAGGCAGUUGCCAACUUGAUGGGGGAGCUUUUAAGUGCAAGUGUCAACAGAAUAGCUGAAAGUGCCCACAGCACAAGUGGAGAUGAGGUACCUGCAGGCCCCAAGCCCGCGGGACAGACGGGCACCGGAACUCCAGGGGGAGGGAGUACAGUCAGCAGCACAGGUGCCGGCGAGGCUGAUCAUGUGGUCAUCAUGCCUGAGGAAGUACCGCCCACUGAGGCCGAACCAGCCGCAGAAGCAGUCAAGACGGUCAAGAAGGAGGUCAAUGAGGAUGAGAUCGACUGGUGGUCCAAGUACUACGCAUCGACCGACGAAGUGGAGAAGUGUGGCGACUACCUAGAGCGAGGAUAUGACACACUGGAGAUCUACACUGGUCCCUUGGAGAACCAGGACCCGUACAAUGAAUUCUCGGAUUUCUGCAACACCUAUGAACUGAGCCGAGGAAAAAACAAGGAUAAAGACGACGAGGAAUCCAGUGGUAUUGGAGAAUUCAAAGGAUUAUUCCGCAUCUAUCCUCUGCCCGGAGACCCUAAGGCCCCACUUCCACCCAAGGUCUUCAAGCAUCUACCCCCCAGCAACCCCGUGGAGUGUGUCGUCCGUCUGUAUGUCAUCAAAGGCAUUGAUCUGCAGCCACAGGAUCCCAACGGAUUGUCUGAUCCGUUCUUGAAAGUGCAGCUGGGCAGGAAGAAGAUCAGUGAGGACGAUGACUAUAUUCCAAACACCCUCAACCCAGUCUUUGGAAAGAUGUUUGAGAUCAAGACCUUCUUGCCAGUUCACAAGGACUUGACUGUGUCUGUUUGGGAUCAUGAUCUCCUGAGCAAAGACGACAUCAUCGGAGAGACCGUCAUCGAUCUGGAGAACCGCUACUUGACCAAGUAUCGCGCCAGCUGUGGACUGCCGCAGACUUACGCUGUGACCGGACCCAACAAAUGGCGUGACACACAGAAGCCUAUGGAGAUCCUGGACGACUACUGCAAGAAGAACAACAUUCCUGGGCCCUUCUACUACGGAGCGACCAAAGUUGGUGUCGACGGGAAGAUGUACAACCUGGCUGACUUCGAGUUGAACAAGAUCCACACUGACCACGAGGGGCCAGCCGAUGAGCGUCUGGCACUCCACGUCCUCCGUGCUCAGGGAUUGGUCAAGGAACAUCUGGAGACCAGGCCGAUCUACAGCCCCCUGCUGCCGGGCAUUGAGCAAGGCAAGCUGCAGAUGUGGAUAGACGUCUUCCCCUUGACUCUGGGUCCACCAGGCGAACCGAGAGACAUCAUGCCACGUCAGCCCAAAAAGUACGUGCUGCGAUGUGUGAUUUGGAACACCAAGGAUGUCAUCCUAGAUGAAACCUCCAUCACCGGAGAGAAGAUGAGCGAUAUCUAUGUCAAAGGCUGGAUGCGCGGUCAGGAUGACAAGCAGCAGACUGAUGUUCACUAUCGUUCCCUCAACGGAGAAGGCAACUUCAACUGGCGUUUUGUCUUCCCGAUUGAUUACAUUCCUCCCGAGCAAGUCAUGGUUAUCAGGAAGAAGAGGCGGCUGUUUCCAACAGGAGAACAUUUCUGGAGCCUGGAUAAGACUGAGACCCACGUGCCACCGGUCUUCACCCUUCAAGUGUGGGACAACGACAAGUUCUCUGCUGAUGACUUCCUGGGUACCUUGGAACUGAACCUGAACAGCAUGCCAGCGCCCAAGAAGAAAUCCCGUCAGUGUGGCCUGAAGCAGCUACCUGACAACAAGGAAGGCAAGGAAGUCCCCAUGGUGUCUCUCUUUGAGCAGAAGCGUGUCAACGGCUGGUGGCCGUGCAUGAGUGAAGAGACCGGAGAACGGGAACUCACCGGCAAGUUGGAGAUUGAGUUGGAGAUAGUAACUGAACAGGAGGCCGAGGAAAGACCAGCUGGCACAGCCAGGGAUGAUCCUAACGCUAACCCGACACUGGAUCCACCAAAACGUCCUGAGACAUCCUUCCUGUGGUUCACCUCGCCAUGGAAGACGCUCAAGUUCAUCAUCUGGAACAACUACAAGUGGUACAUCAUUGGCUUCUUCGUCGCAAUCAUCAUCAUUGCCUUUGUCGUCCUCUUCAUCUACAGCGUGCCGGGCGUCACAGUCAAGAAGAUAUUCAAUGCCUAGAGCAUCUCGGAUGAAAAGGUACAGUUGACUCUCAUUAAUACAACAUUCUGGCUAUGGUGAAAAUAUGGCCUCGGGUCCAACCGUGCGUUUGUGUACAAUGAAUGAGACCGACACCCUUCUCAGACAAAAUGUGGAUACAACAAACAUUGUAGCUAGGUCCGCAAAUUGUGUAUUAAGAGGAGUCAACUGUUUUUCAAGCAAGACAGUUUCUAAAGCAAAUCAAAUAUCCAACUUGAAGGUUGCAAAUGAGCGGAAACUACCUUUACAAAGUAAAUGUAGUUUUGGGUUUUUUUGUUUUUCAUUAGAGACGAUUUAGAAUACCUUUUGAUUUGUUGAUAUAACCAUGGAUACUAGAUAAAAAAUGUAUUGUAGUUUUUGGUGAUGAAAAAUGACAGUAUAAAUUAUAACAAACAAACAUUGUAACACAAAGUGUAUUUUCCUGCAUGAAAAAAAAAUUCAGAGUAUCAUGAACUAAAAUUGAGCAAUAAUUGAAAAUAUAAUCGGUGAUUGGAAUUUCUUUUGUAGCGUUAACCUUACAGUAUUUAACAAUAGAUUAACUAUAAAAAAAGAGAACUUUAAAGACAAGUUGUCCAUGUGCCUCUUUGCAGGGGUGGGAGAUGGAACAUUCUUUUAAAAUGGUUGACCAACCAUUUUGUUGAAGUCUUCCAGAUAGAGUAUAUUUUCCUAAAAUUAAAUGUUGUUUGUGGUAUUUCUACUUUUGAUAAACCCUCUUGAGUUGGUUUGUAAUCAUGUAGUAGGUAAAGGCCUGUGUGGUAAUAAUAGUACGUAGUUUGUAGAAUGUAAAAAAAAAAUCCUGGUUUAUUGAGUAAAAUUCUUUGCAAUAGAUGUCAUAAGUAUUAACUUUCUUCAAAAGUGCCUUAUGCAAAAAAACAAAAAAAAAUGCACUGUCUUCCUUUUUCCUGUCUGACAAUUUGGGUAUUCCUCGAUGAACUUGAUAAUUAAGAUUAUUAUGUGGUUUGAUCGCAUUGAUUUGUCCCUGUCAAUAUUGGUGUGUAUGAAAUGUGGAGAAAUUUGAAAAUGAUUUCUUGUGUCCAAGAAAGAUUUUGUUUUGUUUUUUUCUCCCUGAGAAGAUUUAAAUAAAAUCGGUGCAGGUUGCUUGCAUAUGUUACUGUGCUUCCAGCUACAAUCAGGUAUUUUUCCAACUUGAGAUUAUUUUUGUAUUUAGCCUAAUGCGUACGUCUUCUAUGUGCUUUUGUAGAUUACAAAAAGUGAACUAUAAAGUGGCCUAAGCAUUAAUCAAGGGAAAAGAAUGAUAAAUUCUAAACAUGACCACAAAGGUUUUAGAAAAGGUAGCUCAUGUAAUGAAAGCCAUCUUAAUGUUUGACCAAUUUGAAAGAAGAAACAAAUUCCACUAUAACUGGUAAACGUGUCUAUGUAUAUGAUUCUGUGACUGUUCUCUUAUGUGUAUUCAGUUUCCAUCAUUUCAGCAUCAUUACACAAAUAGACCAAAAUACACAUCUGUUUGUGUAAUUGUGUCAGUCAUAACAAGUGAAGAGUAAAAUUAGAUCGCAUAAGUUCUUAAAGAAGGAUUUGAUAUUUGUUAGGUAUCAUCUUCAAGUCUCUCCUUUUUUUCUUAAUUUAAGUUGGCCACAAUGAUGACGAUGUCACCAUAAAAGACUAGUUACUUUUGUAAGAAGUAGGUGCAAGAUAUUGAAGGUAAAUGUACACCAUUUACAAAACAAAAUGUGUUUUGCCGAUUCAGGGUACAGUAAAAUAAAUUUGAAGCAGGAUAUUAAAUACCUUUCGAAAUUUCAGCUCAGUAGAUAUACUUUUUGAGAAAACUGUAACAAUGCAUCUUUAUUUUUCUCGACGCAAAGCAUUGCAAGCACGAUGGUUUGGACCUAACCAUCGCAAGGACAUGAUGGUUGCUACUCUUUUCUCGAAAAUGAUAGGCGCAGUGAUUUCUCAAGAUGCUUGAUCCCAUUAUUUAAUAGGACAUUUCAUGAUAUUUUGACGGUUUCAUUCUUGAAUGUUUGCAAAUGGUGUUCGUUACACUUUUAAGAUGAAUGUAAACUUUUUUUUUUAGAAUUAGCCAGAUAUCAUUUAUUCAACUGAGAUGAAGGCACAGAUAGAGUUCAAAUAUCCAAUCAUUUAUUGACCAGUUACUUUAUUGUCGACUUGGUAUUGUUAACGAUUAGGCUUGAUUUUUACUUUAUGUAGAAGGCACUCACUUCACCGUCUUCUGUUUAAAGGAUUAUGAAUAAAGGUAACGGGGAUGAGUG